AUGGCGCCCCCUCCGUUCGGCUGGGCUUCCCUGCCGACGGAGAUCAAGCUCAUCAUCUGGCAAUACUGUAUCGGCACCAAGCUCCGUCUCACCAGACGAAAGAUCCUUUUCGAGCUACACGAUCUUGUUCGUCACCACCGUUCUGCUGAAGCCUCGCCCCCACAGCAAAGCCCCAACGUCAGCGACGGGGCUGCAGUGAAUGGAUGCUUCUGCCCUGGUGGAGGCGACACAAUGACCGACAAGAAGAUGCUCGGUAUCGUCACCAGUGUACGCAACCCCGUGUCCGACAGCUUUUUCGACCUUGACUACACGCCGGAUCCCACGAGCGGUUCGACGACAAUAAGCACACAACUUCCCUUCGAUCGCCAAGCCCAGCUCGAUGUCGGCGAAUAUCACGCCAAGCUCCAGCCCUUUGUGACAAGUUCGUCGUCCGAUGUGUUCAGAAGAGACGCAACUCAAUGA